UUGGCUGGCACAAGGUGGAGGGGGCUUUAAAAAGGCGACUGUGUCUAGGCUGGGGACUGGAGCCUGUGCUACUGGAAGGCUGGGUGUCCUCCUCCGGCUGGCACCAUGCAGCUCUCUCUAGCCCUGUGUCUCCUUUGCCUGCUGGUGCAUGCAGCCUUCCAUGCUGUGGAGGGCCAGGGAUGGCAGGCCUUCAAGAAUGAUGCCACAGAAAUCAUCCCUGAGCUCGGAGAGUACCCUGAACCCCCACCAGAGCUGGAGAACAAGACCAUGAACAGAGCGGAGAAUGGAGGGAGGCCUCCUCACCAUCCCUUUGAGGCCAAAGACGUGUCCGAGUACAGCUGCCGCGAGCUGCAUUUCACCCGCUACGUGACGGACGGGCCGUGCCGCAGCGCCAAGCCCGUCACCGAGCUGGUGUGCUCGGGCCAGUGCGGCCCAGCGCGCUCGCUGCCCAACGCCAUCGGCCGGGGCAAGUGGUGGCGGCCGCACGGGCCGGACUUCCGCUGCAUCCCCGACCGCGCGCGCGCGCAGCGCGUGCAGAUGCUGUGCCCGGGCGGCGCGGCGCCGCGCACGCGCAAGGUGCGCCUGGUGGCCUCGUGCAAGUGCAAGCGCCUCACGCGCUUCCACAACCAGUCGGAGCUCAAGGACUUCGGGCCCGAGGCCGCCAGGCCCCAGAAAGGUCGGAAGCCAAGACCCAGCACCCGGGGGACCAAAGCCAACCAGGCCGAGCUGGAGAACGCCUACUAAAACCGCGCCAGGCCAGCAUCUCUCCCCCACACCCUCCACCACCACCCCCCAGCCACUGCCACCGCCACCAUCAAUCGCCAUCACCAACCAUCGGGCGCACCCCCCCCCUGCCUUCCCCUCCUCCCCAGUUUCUGUCCCUGCACCGGUGGUUCGACUUGUCUGUAUUUUGUUUUGUGUGUGCGUGUGUGUGUUUUUAAACGCCUGCAGCCCAGGGCAGGGUGGGGGUGGUGGUGAACCCAUCCAGGCUGUUUGGCUACCAAAUCCUGUCGCCCUCCAGAGGGGAGGGUCCCACAGGGCAGGGGAGGGGGAAACCGAGUCACAGACACUGAGCCACGCGGGGCCCCGUCCCCAGGGCCCGCCAACUUUGCUGAUCCCCUCCCUCUUCAGGGGAGGCCCAGGUGGAAGGAAGCAUUUUGUUCGACGCAGUGAGGAGGGUGCAAAGUCAGGGAACUGUUAAAAGAGAGUUUAGUAACCAAAUUCCUCCCCCCCCCCCCCCCCCCC